AUGGCCAAUAUCAGUCUUUACCUCGUGACCUUCAACUGCGCUCGUACGCUUGUACAGGCUCAUCAAUUCGGUCCGCACAUUCUUGAUGCCUUCCCACAAGACGUGCCGACUCCUGACAUCCUCGUCAUAUCGCUGCAAGAAAUUGCACCAAUCGCAUACUCAUUCCUGGGUGGCUCCUUUCUGACUCCCUAUUUUGAUGCCAUCCGGGAAGCGGUCAAGCUUGCGGCCAAAGGUCAUGCUCAUGUUAUCUCGCGCAACCUUGGGAUGACGGCUAUCAUGAUUUUUGCCAAGGAUCCUACCAAUAUAUCAUCUAUACAAACAGCUGGUGUCGGCGUGGGUGUACAGGAACUGGGCAAUAAAGGAGCCGUGGGGAUCCGUCUCGUGUAUUCGGAGACACAGUUGACGUUUGUCGCAGCACACAUUGCGCCAAUGGAAAACGCAAUGCUACGCAGGAACGAAGACUGGAGGAACAUUGUGAAGCGUCUGGUAUUCACCAAUAAUGUCAGAGCCACGCGUGACGAGCAAGAUGAGGACGCACCUCUUUUACAAGGCCUUCCACAUGGAGAUGGUUCAGAACUCGGCAUGUACAGUCCAAGGUCGCAUUUGUUCGUGGCAGGAGACCUCAACUACCGUGUUUCGGAGACGAAACCCAAGGAGUCAGAUUUUGAGAAGUUCCCUCAACCGACAGAUGAGGCGGAUAACCAGAACCACUUCAUGAUGCUACUAGAAAAUGAUCAACUGCUUCAGCAGCGCAAACUUGGGAAUACCUUACAUGGGCUGUCUGAAGCGGAGAUCAAGUUUCCACCAACUUACAAACUUCUAGCAUCCAACGGCUCCAGUGACUGGAAUUGGGCCAGACACCGGUGGCCAAGCUGGUGUGACCGCAUCCUUUAUCUCGAAUCACCCGUGUGGAUGCAAAAGAAAAUCAGAGUGCACAAAUACGACGUGCUGCCCCAAUUAGAAACAUCUGAUCAUCGCCCUGUAGGUCUAUCGCUAUCAGUGCCACUGGGAGCUAUUCCUAAGCCACCCAACCAAGAAGAUGAUAUUCGUCUCCAUCCUCCCUUCGAUAUUGAUCCCGAUUGGAAGUCCCGGAGAGCGAUAGCCAGAAAAAAGGAAAUAGCUGUUGGUAUUGUUGCCUAUUUAAUUUUGACUUGGGAAGGCAACACAAUCGUCUUGGCUACCAUUCUCGGCAGCAUAGGAGGUUGGUUGAUCAUCCAAUCAUUACUUAUAGUUUGA